AACAGUACUGAUUUAACUCUAACAUGAACAGUAAUAAAUAAAUAUAUAGGCUAAGAAAAACGUGUGUGUAAAGUGGCUUGCACAUCUUGCAUGUGCAACAUUCCUUCUCACAACUAAUUUUGACUUACGUUGACCUAGAAAGUGACAAAGAAACGUUGUCGUCCCUGAAAUCAUCGACGUCAAUACCCAUUUCGUAUACCGGUAAAAAUAACAGUUGUAGAAACUAGAAAGUAUGGACGUUUGCUAGAGUCAGCCCCUAAUUAGUCAAGAAAUGUAUUCAUUCUUGAUUAUUGUUGUUGUGGUCUUGGUUAAAAAUGUUUACACACAAGGUGCUAUCGGAGACCCUUGUACCGUUAAAGCAUCUAACUCUCCAGGACGCUGCAAACUAUUAACACAAUGUGGGGAGAUUCGGGAUGAAAUCGUGUUUAAUCAGAAACUGCCUCAAAUUUGUGGCUUCCAGGAAACACAACCCAUAGUUUGUUGCCCUAUAACUCGUCGACCAGGUUACAUUAGCGAAAAAAAAUGCAGAGAAUAUGCUUCAUACACAAAAGAGAAUCGACUAUGUGGACACAACAUCGCAAAGCGUGUGAUUAAUGGAAGACCGGCUGGAAGAGUCGAGUUUCCGCAUAUGGCGCUGUUGGCAAUAAGCGGAGCUGGUUCUCUUCGGUGGUUGUGUGGAGGAUCACUGAUUAGUGAACGAUACGUGUUGACAGCAGGGCGGUGUUUGGCUUUCGGAGAUAUCGAUGAACCAAAUUUAGUGCUAUUCGGGAUCACAAGUUUUAAUGACCCUAACCACAUGCAAAAAUUAAGAAUUGGCAAUAACUUAAUACAUCCAGGAUUCAACAGAACGCAUCACAAUCACGACAUAGGACUAAUACUACUGCAUGAACCAGUAGAAAUUAAUUCGUAUGUGCGUCCGGCUUGUCUUAAUACACACUUUGACAUUCCUGCCACCAAAGUUAUGGCUACUGGAUGGGGUAGUCGAGAAUAUGCAGUAGGUGUCAGUGAAGAGUUGUUCAGCGCAACACUAGAUGUAGCAGAAUAUAAGAUUUGUAAUAAGAGUGACGCAAACACAAGGAGGCGAAAAAGAGGAUUGAAUGACAUACACAUUUGUACAGGACAGGGUAACGGACAAAAGGAUACUUGUCAGGGUGAUUCUGGUGGUGCACUGCAAAUAUAUCACAACAAGGACCCUACGAGGUGUAUGUAUGAUAUUGUGGGAGUGACUUCGUUUCGAAAAGGAUGUUCUCGUGCUCCCUCUGUACACACUAGAGUGUCUGAGUACAUUAAGUGGAUUGAAGAUAUAGUUUGGCCAGAGAACAGUGAAUAAAAUCGGUUAUUUUAAGUUGUAGAAUUGUGAUACAAUAAUUUCCUAAGUUAAAACAACAAACAAAUAAAAAAAUUUAGCUAGUAA